CCCACACCCACCCGCUGGCAGGGCAGUGACAAAAUCCCAAUGUGUCUGAGUUAAUAGUAAAGAAUUUUCCUUCUGUGGCUCCAGCUGCUGUUUCGGAAUCCUGCUCCCUGAGGGACUUCUUUGUGCUGGACAUCAUCAUCAUGGGCCCCAUAGAAACACAACAGCCCCAUUCUUUGUCAAGAAAGGAUGAAAAGGAAGAACCAUAUAAACCUGCUUUUCCAGGCUGCUUGAUUACUGAAGAUCCAGUUUCUGACCUAAGCCCACUGGAGUCAACUCGUGUAGAUGAGAGCUUUCAGGCAGAAUGGACUGAGCCAUUUGAGCUUCUCGCUAUCCCUGAAGACCAAUUUGAAGAUUAUGGUGAGGUGGUGAGUUCGUGCAGCAUGCGGAGCAGCAACUGCAGGGUCCAUGGCAGCUGUGACCUUUCCAGCAUGGACCCAGAGGUGUCCUCUUGCAGUGAAUCUGUGGAAAAGUUGAGCUUUCUGGAGGAUCGAAUCUUGGAAUUAGAAGGGGAGAACACACAGAGAGAAGAGACAGAGCAGAAACUGCGCCAGCUUAAUAAGGAUCUAAUGAAAAAGAUAUACUCAUUAGAAGAGCAGAUGCAGGACCAGAAACUCCAACUGGAGGAAGAGAAACAGGAAAUUAUUUCUCAGAGAGACUCCUGUUUCCAUAAGGCAGAAAGGAAGUGGUGUUUAGAGAGAGAAAAGUUAAAUGCACGAAUAAAAGUGCUACAGGAUGAUAAUGUCCAGUUUUCUCAGUCUGUCUCAACUCUCAAUGCCCAGAACAGAGUCCUGGAAAAGAAAGUCCAGAGCUUGGUGAGUGAAGUACUUGAAACAGCCGAGAGUCUGGAGAAGGAGCGGGAGAGCAGCAGGAUGUGGAAAGAUGCCCUAAAUCAGGAAAGAGAAGCUUGGCAACGCGAGAGGCAGGAAGCAGCACAGUUGGUUGAAGAUCUGCGCUGUGAGCUGAGCAGGUUCCAGAGGACAGACUGUGAGCUGCCAUGCUGUAAUGAUAGGAGAAGUACUCACAGCCUAUGGGAAGAGUGUGAAAGGGAGAAGCACAGACUGGCAGAGGAGAACCAAAGUCUACGAGAAAUAAAUGAAGAUCUGCAGGAUGCUCUGCUUGUACAAAAUGGGUCCCUCUGCUUCCCACACAGCAUCCACAGGGAAAACUCACCUUCCAAACCAGGUUCUCCAGUUCACUCUAUUGCUGAAGAGAUUGACGUGUGUACACAAGAGCAGAUUUCAGCCCUUAAUGAGCAGAAAGAAGUCAAUAGACGCCUGCGCCAGUAUCUAGAUCGUGUUAUCCUCACUGUUUUAGAAAAAGACCCCGCUCUUCUUGAAAUCAAGCCAUCUCUGAGUCAUUGACUGUUGGGAAGGCUAUAGGAGGGUAGUAAAUAAACUUUUUAUUCACUGAGGGAUAUAGGCCUAAUUAUAUAUUGCCAAUAAUGAGCUGGUCUCAUCCUUUAAUUACUCACUACUCACACUGUGUAAGCCUGUGCUAAUUCUUUGAAAAGAAUGCAAUUUAAUGUCUGUCCGUAAAAAAUGUAAUUUAUUUUUUUAAUUAUUUGUGCAUUUUUGUAAGUCACUAUUGAACACAACCCUAUAAUCCCAAUUUAAUACAUAGCCACUUUUUACUUUCGCCUAAAAAUGUACAGCAUAAAGGUGAGGAGAGGCAUUGUCUCUGAAGGAGACUUAAAUUGUAUGUGUGUGGAAAUGAUGCCAAGGAUAUUCUGUGAAUAUGCUACUCAGGGCAAGACAUGGAUAUUAAAUACAUAUUGAACAUGCA